CGAGUUUCCAUGAUGACGCAACAAAAUCUAACCUCUUUGUAAAAUUGUUUACAUACAACUAUAUACAUAAAAACGUUGUAAUUUAAUCAUUAAUUCAAUUGUUAAAACGACUCAUUAUCAUUAAACUUAUUAAAUAUUUUUUAUUAGAUAAUCGACUAUUAAAUAACUACAAAAAUGGCAACAACAGCAACUAUGCCAAUAAAUCCAAAACCUUUCCUUAAUGGUUUAACUGGAAAACCGGUAAUGGUUAAAUUGAAAUGGGGACAUGAAUAUAAAGGUUAUUUGGUAUCCGUUGAUGGAUACAUGAAUUUACAACUAGCUAACACUGAAGAGCACGUGGAUGGAGUUUGUACAGGCAAUCUCGGUGAAGUUCUAAUAAGAUGUAAUAAUGUCAUGUAUAUAAGAGGGGUUGAAGAAGAGGAUGAAGAAGGAGAGAUGAAAGAUUAAAAGAACAAUUGAAAAAGUAAACUCUUAAUUAUUUUAAGAUAUUUCUUAAGACAAUAUUUAUUCAAUUUUAUGAUUAAAUAAAAAAAUAUUUACUUGCUA